GAAUGAGCUUCAAUGAAAGCUGCCUGCUUGCAGUCUGAAAGGGACUGCAGGCACAAGAACUGCUACUUCCUCUGCAACUGCUUGCUUCCCCAGGAGUAUUAAACCAGGAUGGAGAGGCUAUCUGAUCAUCUAGCAAAUCAGGAUUGAUUCAUUAGGCUCUUGUGAAUCACUUUUCUCUCUCAACUGCUAGAGAGCAUCUCUUGCACUCUCCAAAGAGGCUGUGACCAGACUGAAUUCUGCAAAGAGAUGAAUGAGGAUUGUGCUGGUUGAGGAAAGUUGUGGACUCGUAGUCUGAGACAAUGGUUUUGUCUGUCCCAGUGAUUGCCCUGGGAGCUACCUUGGGGACUGCUACCAGCAUCCUUGCCUUAUGCGGUCUCACCUGCUUGUGCAAAUGCAAACGACCUGGAAAAGGAGCCUCCGACAAGGAGCAAGACCUGGAGGCAGAAAAUGCCAAACCCAGUGUGCUUCAGACAGUCCAGCAGUUCAACAUUGAGAAGACAGCAGAACCAGUGCAACCCAGGACAAUCCUAAAGUUCCCCCAUAUCUAUGGCCCAAAACCAGUAGUGACUUCCUCAGAAAUUGUUAACUAUGCAGAUUACACCUUGAAGACCAUAGAAGAACCAACCAAGGGGAAACCUGCAGCACUGGAUGAGAAACGGAUUAACAUACGAGUCAAUGAGGAAUUAUUUGUGCUCCCUCAAAACGGUGGAAUGAAGGAUGUGUGUGUCACUGAGCGUCUGAAUCCUGAGAAAGAUGCUGCCUGCAACCAAGUCCCAGAACUUCGUUAUUCUCUUGGCUAUAACCAACAGAAAGAUGUGUUGUGUGUUGCUUUCCUUGAAGCAAAGUAUGGGAUGACAGCAGGAGACCAGAACAAUGGUGGUGACAGCUACAUCCUGGGCACUCUGGUGAGCAGGUCAGGCACUGUGGAAGCCCAGACAGUACUGAAGAAGAAGCAGCCCCAUGUCAUCUGGGAGGAAGCACUGCUGUUUCCAUUAAAGGAGGAAGAGCUACCAGAGGGGGUGCUAACACUCACGUUGAGAAACUGUGACAAGUUUUCUAGGCACAGCAUUGUUGGAGAACUGAAACGGAGUCUGGCUAAUGUAGGGGAGCCUUAUGGAACAGCACAGUGGGAUAAGUUGAAAACACUUGAUAAGGAGCCUGAUGGAGGCUAUGGCGAAGUUCUCCUUUCCAUCAGCUACUUGCCGGCAGCAAACCGUCUGCUGGUGGUACUCAUAAAAGCCAAGAAUCUUCAUUCUAAACAACUGAAAGAGCUCCUUGGAAAGGAUAUAUCUGUCAAAGUGACACUGAAGCACCAGUCCCUGAAGCUGAAAAAGAAGCAGACAAAGCAUGCAAAACACAAGAUCAACCCGGUCUGGAAUGAGAUGAUCAUGUUUGAGGUGCCUCAUGAUCUGCUUUGUGCUUCCAGUGUAGAGCUGGAAAUGCUCAGCCGGGAUGGUGAUGGGCAGAACCGCUUAUUGGGCAAGUGCAGCCUUGGCUUGCAUGCCACUGGCACAGAGAGGAACCACUGGGAGGAGAUGCUGAGGAACCCCAGGAGGCAGAUUGCUAUGUGGCACCAGCUUCACAUGUAGCUACGAAGGCAGACAUGGUGAUCAGCCCCAUGUCUGUGGUCUCAGAAACAGAAAGAUGAGAUCAGUUUCAGCAUCCUGUAGAAACCUGAACUGGAUCCAUCCACAUGCUCAAGCACAACUCUUAUUUUAUUGAUAUUGUCCUUAAUUGUUGUCUUCUAAAAGAAAUACAUUCUAGAAAUGGAUUGAUCAAAAUCGAUCAAAUGGGUUGAUCUCAAUCACAGGCUUUUGCACUUAGGGGUGUGCAUGAAUCAAAUUCUGCAAUUCGAAUUGACCUCAAAUCAAAAUGCAGACCCCCAAAUUGAUUUGUCAAAAGUAGCUGGCUUGACCAGCUGCCUUGAUGAAUCACCCCUGAUUCAACAUGAAUUGAUUCAAGAGAUUCAGGCACCAUUUUGUGGCGCUGCUAACUGAACAAAGAGGCACCUUUUCAAAGUGGUGAUUCUCUUAAUUUAGCAGGGGAAGAGCAACUGGCCCUAUCCAUCCCCAGCACAGCAGCCCUCCAGUGGCUGUUGCUGGUGUCUAUCUUGGGUUUCUUUUUUAGAUUGUGAGCCCUUUGGGGACAGGGAGCCAUUUUAUUUAAUUUAAUUAUUUAUUUAUGGGGUGUGUGUGUGUGUGUGUGUGUGUGUGUGUGUGUGCGCGCGCGCGCGCAUAAACUGUUUUUGGAACUUUUGAUGAAAAGAAGUAUAUACAUAUCUGUCAUAUUUGUAUUUGUUUUGCUGGAAAAACGGGCUUCAAAAUGGAGAACUCGUCUACCAAUUGAGAUCAGCA